CACAAAGCUUUUCCACCUCUUGGAAGAUUUCUUUAAAGUAUCUGCUGAUCUGGAGCUGAAGCCCUCCGCCUGGCGCAUGUUCAAAACGCCCAAACUGAUGAAAAUGAUGAACAUUCUCGACACCAUUCUGUACAUUAUAUCGGCAUAUAUUGAUGAGGCGGUAGAGCGAUUGGAGAAGGAAGCCAAAGAGGGUGUUGUCCGUCCUGAGAACGAGCAGAGUGUACUGGAAAAGCUGCUCAAGGUCGACAAGAAGGUGGCCACAAUCAUGGCCAUGGACAUGCUAAUGGCCGGAGUUGAUACCACCUCUAGCACAUUUGCAGGGGUCAUACUCUGCCUUGCCAAGAAUCCCGAAAAGCAGGCCAUACUCCGAGAGGAGGUGAUGAAGGUACUGCCCCACAAGGACUCGGAUUUCACGGAGGAACCCAUGAAGAACGUUCCCUAUUUGCGUGCCAGCGUCAAAGAGUCGCAUCGGAUGUACCCGCUGGCUGUUAUGAAUGCCCGAGUUCUCAAUCGGGACAGCGUUUUGAGCGGAUACCAAGUGCCAGCUGGUACCUGUGUGUCGAUGGUUCCCCUGAGCUUGCUAUCCAGCGAGGAGCACUUCCCCAAGGCUGCUGAGUUCCUGCCAGAACGUUGGAUUCGUAACGCCACAGACUCCACCGGGCAAUGCCCAGCGAAUGACUUGAAGCUGAAGAAUCCGUUUGUGUUCUUGCCCUUCGGAUUUGGACCCCGGAUGUGCGUUGGAAAGCGCAUCCUGGACAGCUGGAGCUGGGCAUCGCCCGGCAUCGGCACUCCGAGGCGAGGCCAGCGACCUCACCCGACUCCUCCAUGA